AUGGCCUUAUCUCACCAACUCAAGAACUUUGAUGUCUUCCUGAGUUUUCGAGGUGAAGAUACUCGCCGUGGUUUUGUAAGCCAUUUACAUAAGGCUCUGACUCAACAGGGUAUUCAAACCUUCAUUGAUGAUAAUCUCCAUAGGGGAGAAAACAUUACUGAAGAGCUUCUCAAAACCAUUGAAAACUCAAGCGCAUCAAUAAUUGUAUUUUCUAAAAAUUAUGCAUCCUCUAGUUGGUGUUUGGAUGAACUUGCAAAGAUUAUUGAGUGUACCAAAAAAGUGCUACCAGUUUUCUAUCAAGUGCCUCCAUCUGAAAUUCGUAAGCAAACAGGGGAUUUUGGAGAAGUGCUGACUAAGCUUGAAAAAAGAAUUAAAGAUAAGACCAAGGUACAAAGGUGGAGGGAGGCUUUAACUAACGCAGCCAAUAUUUCUGGCUGGGACUACAAAGACAGGUAUUUGUAUAGUACUACGUACUCCUGUUUGCUGAUCUUCUAG